UGAAGGUUUCAAACAAAAGUUUUGAGGCCACGUGCCGAAAUGACAGUUUUGACAAUUUGAGAAUCUUAGGCUUUUUUUUUAAUUAAGCUUUUACUUCACUUUUAAAACAAUUUUACCAAAAUGUUAAGGAGACAGGCGAGGUUGAGACGGGAGUAUCUUUACAGGAAAGCAAUCGAGGACAGGCACAGGACAAUCCAAGAGAAAAAGGACAAAAUCAAAAGGAGUCUGGAACAAGGCGUUCCGAUUGUCACCAAUUUGAGAAAAGAGGCUCUUAAUCUUGUGGAUAAGGUGCAAUGGGAGGACGAGGGACCAAAAAGGGCUGUAGAUAUAGGCACAGAGGUCGGAGGAGCUGGUGGGACACACGAAGACGAUGAAUAUCGCUGGGCAGGUGUAGAAGACCCUAAGAUAAUGAUGACAACAUCCAGGGAUCCUUCGUCCCGGCUCAAGAUGUUCAUCAAAGAGCUCCGCCUCAUAUUUCCCAAUGCACAAAAAAUGAACAGGGGAAACUAUGAGAUGAAAGAACUAAUCCAUGCUUGUAGGGCUAACAAUGUUACCGAUUUUAUCAUAGUCCAUGAGCACCGAGGUGUCCCAGACACUCUUGUGAUCUGCCAUCUUCCUUACGGGCCAACUGCAUACUUCAACAUUAUAGAUGUUACCAUGAGGCACGACAUUCCUGAUAUCGGAACGAUGUCAGAGCAAUAUCCACAUCUCAUAUUUCACAAUAUGUUAACUCCCCUUGCAAAACGGGUGCAAAAUAUCCUCAAGUAUCUUUUUCCUGUGCCAAAGAAAGAAAGCAAACGUGUCAUGACAUUCGCCAACCAUGAUGACUAUAUAUCUUUUAGGCAUCACACAUUCAAAAAGACGAAAGGUAAAGAAAUUGAACUGACAGAAGUCGGACCGAGGUUCAUGCUGAAACUCUUUGAAAUAAAACUUGGCACUCUGGACAGCAUAGAUACAGCAGAUUCUGAAUGGGUGCUUAGACCUUACAUGAACACAGCUGGCAAAAGAAGGUUUUUCUCCGAUACACCUGGCUGGUGUCAAGAAACUGAUAUUUAGACCCUCUUAUAUUUAUAAACUUAUUGUAAUUUUGUACAAAAUAUAUUUUAAUGAGUUUUUA